UACUAUUGUCUACCAAGAGAGCGGGUUAUUUGCAAAAUAAAGGUUUCCUCCUGCUGUCCUGGUGUCAGCCUCUGUGUGUGCUGCUGCAUACAUACACAUGCAGGUUAGGCUGUGCAGCAGCAGCAGCAGCAGCAGCAGAUUUUAACAACGUUUCUCCAGCCUCUGUUUUCCCUCUCACUGCCUCGGCUCCUCGGCGGUCUGAUGCUGGGAGUCCUCGCCGGUCGGGGAGCUCGUUGGGCCCGCAGAGAAAGGAGAAGGGACGCGGAAGGAAGAAAGUAGGGGAGGAAGGAAGGACGGAGGCAGCAUUUUAAUACCAAAUCGGGACACAUGUUGAGCUAACAGCCCGCUCCACCUCCCCCCCUCUUCUCCUCCCAAAUGCAUUUGUUGCCUCAAUCGCUUUCCCGUUACUAAUUACUCCGCGUCAGGACCAAGCGAGCGGAUCUUCUACUCCUCCUCUUCGGCUCCGAGGGUCCACGCUCAUCAUGGAUCUCAGUAAAAUUGCUGUCAGCAUCAAUAAGGCCAUCAACACACAGGAGGUUGCUGUCAAAGAGAAACAUGCCAGGACCUGCAUCCUGGGAACGCAUCAUGAGAAAGGCGCCCACACCUUCUGGGCAGCAGUCAACCGGCUUCCUCUCUCCAGUAACGCAGUGCUCUGCUGGAAAUUCUGCCAUGUCUUCCACAAGCUGCUGCGAGACGGACACCCCAACGUGAUAAAGGACUCCAUGAGAAACAAGGCUGAUUUGACUGAUAUGAGCAGGAUGUGGGGACACCUGAGCGAAGGCUAUGGGAAGCUGUGCAGCAUCUACCUCAAAAUGCUCAUCACCAAAAUGGAAUUUCACAUCAAAAACCCUCGUUUCCCCGGCAACCUGCAGAUGUCAAACAGACAGCUCGAUGAGGCGGGCGAGAACGACGUUAACAACUUCUUCCAGUUGACUGUAGAAAUGUUUGACUACCUGGAGUGUGAGCUCAACCUCUUCCUGGGUGUAUUCAGUUCCCUGGACAUGUCUCGAUCGGUUUCGGUAACGGCAGCGGGUCAGUGUCGUCUGGCUCCACUUAUUCAAGUCAUCCUGGACUCCAGCCACCUGUAUGAUUACACUGUAAAGCUACUGUUUAAGCUGCACUCCUGCCUUCCAGCUGACACUCUCCAGGGCCACAGAGAUCGUUUCCAGGAGCAGUUUAAAAAGUUAAAGAGUCUGUUCUAUCGCUCUAGUAACUUGCAGUAUUUCAAGAGGCUGAUUCAGAUCCCACAGUUGCCUGAGAACCCUCCUAACUUCCUGCGUGCGUCAGCUCUGUCAGAGCACAUCAGCCCCGUGGUUGUGAUCCCUGCCGAAUCUUCCUCCCCCGAGUCCGAGCACAUGGCAGAGACGGACGACCUGGUGGACACAGAUGUUCCCUCACUGCCGGCUCCUGUGGAGACCAAGUUCGACGACCUGUUCGGCACAUCGGCUGCUAUAGACCCGUUCAACUUCAACAGUCAGAACGGCAUGCGCAAGGACGACAAAGAUCGACUGAUUGAACAGUUGACAAGGGAGAUCCAGGCCCUCAAAGACGAGCUGGAGUCUUUCAGACUGGAGAGCGGUCGGUUGUGUCAGGUGCUGAGGGGGCGUAUCAGCGAGUUGGAGGCGGAGCUUGCCGAACAGAGCCACCUGAGGCUGCAGGCUCUUGGAGAGAGCGAGUUCUUGAAGGCCGAGCUGGACGACCUGAGGAGGGUCAGAGAGGACACGGAAAAGGAGCAGCGGAGUCUGACGGAGAUAGAGAAAAAAGCUCAGGCCAAUGAGCAGCGCUACACCAAACUGAAGGAGAAGUACACAGAGUUGGUUCAGAGUCACGCAGACCUGUUGAGGAAGAACGCGGAGGUGACCCGGCAGGUGACGGUGGCUCGGGCAGCACAGGAUGAGGUGGAGACGGUGAGGAAAGAGAUGCAGGAGAAGGUGAAAACGGCUCAGGAGGCUGCAGACAGACAGGAAAGGGAACAGCUGGAGCAUCUUCAGGAGAUUCAGAGGGAACUGGUGUCCAGCCGGGCGGAGCUGGACGCCCUGAAGUCGACCGUGGCCUCGUCACAGCAGGCUUCAAGCGAAGCACUCGGCACCGAGCUUGCCACCCUGCAGUCUGAGAAGGCCGAGCUGGUGCAGUCCCUGUCAAAGGUGGAGGCGGAGUUGGUGGCCCAGGGGCAGGAGCUAGAGCGGGUCCAAAGCUCGCUGGUGACUGAGAGGGAGAGUGGGGUGAAGACAGCGGAGUCCCUGCAGAAUCAGCUCAAUGAGAAGGAGAGCAGGGAGCAGACGUUGGAGAGCCAGCUGGUUGCAGCUCGCUGGUCCAGUCUGCAGGGAGCUGUGGAAGAGGCAGAGAAAAUCAUCCGGGACUCGCUGGCUCAGAUCGACGACCCGGCACACAUCAGCUGCACCAGCUCUGCCGACUACCUAGCGUCCAGGUGUCAGGCCUCUUUAGACUGUAUGGAUCGACUCCAUUCGGCCAGAGAGGCCUUCAUGACAGACAGCACAGGUGUGUGCGAGCUGCUGCGAGUGGUGACACAGUGUGGCCAUCUGGUGGGAGACACCAUCGUUCAGGGGAGUGCCACCUCACACAUGGUGCCUGUGGAGCAAGGUGAUGCUCUGACAGAAAGUGUAAAGAAGUGUGGGGCCGAGGCGCUGUCUCUGCUGGAACAGAUGAAGCAGCAGGAUGACCUGGCUGCAGCUGACGACAGCAAACUGAAGGCAGCUCUGGAGGCCAUCCACGCCACUGCAGAGAAACUGCGUCCUCGUGGUUUGGAGCUGCAGCAGGGGGAGCUGGGAGACCUUGUGGAGCAGGAAAUGGCUGCCACAUCUGCUGCUGUGGAAUCGGCUGCUGCCAGGAUAGAGGAAAUGCUAAACAAGUCUCGAGCAGUUGAUACAGGAGUCAAGAUGGAAGUCAACGAGAGGAUCUUGGCCUCGUGCACAGAACUGAUGCAGGCGAUCAAGGAGCUCGUCCUGUCUUCCAAAGAGCUGCAAAGAGACAUUGUGGAGAGCGGCAGGGGGGCAGCCUCCAUGAAGGAAUUUUAUGCCAAGAAUUCCCGCUGGACUGAGGGCCUGAUCUCUGCCUCCAAAGCAGUGGGAUGGGGAGCAACAGUCAUGGUGGAUGCUGCUGAUCUGGUGGUGCAGGGCAAAGGGAAAUAUGAGGAGUUGAUGGUGUGUUCACAUGAAAUAGCUGCCAGCACAGCACAGCUAGUAGCUGCCUCUAAGGUUAAAGCAGACAAAGACAGCAGCAACCUGCGACGCCUGCAGCAGGCGUCCCGUGGCGUCACACAGGCCACUGCCGGCGUCGUGGCCUCCACCAAGUCUGGGAAGUCCCAGAUUGAAGAAAAAGACACAAUGGACUUCUCCAGCAUGACUCUCACACAGAUUAAACGACAGGAGAUGGAUGCACAGGUCCUAGUUCUGGAGCUGGAGACUCGUCUGCAGAAAGAGCGAGAGCGUCUCGGUGAACUGAGGAAGAAGCAUUAUGAGCUGGCCGGAGCAGCAGAAGGCUGGGGCGAGAGUGAUGAGGGCACAGGUUGAGACCUUUCCUCCACUCCACCUCGCCCCCCCUUCCUCUGCCAAAAGACCGGCUUCUGUCUUCAGUCUCUCUCCUUUUUGUUUUUCCUCUUCUCUUUUUUGUUUGUUUGUGAUCCAAGCCAAACAAAAAGGUGCUUCUUCUCUGAACCUGCUCCUCCACCCAUGUCCGGAAGCUUCCAUUGACGGAUGGCACUGAAGGGCCCUGCGGAGGGCGGGGUUUGAUGGAAGUAGGAAAGAAAUGGAUGCGAGAAGUGGGGAGAAAAGCCGAGAGUGCAGCCCGACUUCACAGCCUCAUGUUCCCUCUGCCUCUCGCCCUGGACUGUGUUGGUGGAAAGUGGCGCUUUCAGUUUUUCAGAGUAUUUAUUGUCCUCCUCCUCCUCUGUCAUCUUUUUCCGUUUCUUCUUCUUUUAUUGAGGAAUCACAGCAGAGACGAUACAAGCACAAGGUCUUCUCAAGAAACCCCCAGGACUGACCGCACAUAGAACAAGCUCUCAGCAGAAAGAGAGGAGAUGAGUGGCUGUCUGUCUGCUCCGGCACUAAACCAUGUCUCUGUCACACAUGCGCUCCUGUGUAACAUGUGUGUGUGUGUAUGUGUGUGUUGGUGGCGAGCUUCUGAAGCCGAGGGAGCUGAGCUGCUCAGUUUGACCUUCGCUUCCUUUCUCGUCUUUUCUCACUGUGACAUUAUCACCUUAUUAAGUCCACACCACUGCAGGUGCUGGUUCACUGGACUUUUUGCCUUUCACCUCCUCAUCAUUGUAACAACUGUGACUGUUUAUAUUUGAACAGAUGUUUGUCUGGAAACCUUUAAAACAAAACAGGGAACUAUAGCACACAAACUGGCCUUGCUCCUGAUGAGCUGUGAGACUGCCAAUUACUUCGCGCUACAUCAUCGGAGGUUGGAUGUGGCAGUGCAUCCUGGGAAGGUCAACAGUUGUCGCUGAAAACACUAAUGACGUGGGGUCAUUUUUUAGACAUUUAAGUUAGUAGAAGGGGGCAGUGGGAGGAAAGUCUGCUCUUCUGCUGCUUCACAUCUGGCAACAAACACAGAAAGUUUGAAUACAUUUCAAGAUCCCGCCUCGGUUCCUGUCACAGCGGCAGCAGCUCUGGAUGUAGAGCCGGGAUCCAGCGUUGUUUGUCGCAGCGUUGCAAGCAUCUGCUCCAACUAGAGACGUCAUGACGGCGCCAGCAGGAUGAUGACUGUUCUCCUGGUGAGGAUUAUAAUCCUUUCAGGGCAACUGCAGGAGACAGGUCUGAUAAAUCUGCACAAGAGGAAAAAGUAAAUCCUUAAAAGUUUGUCAUUGUUGGAUUUGAAGGAGCCCCACUGCACAAACCUCGAUCAUUGAAAUGUCAAAGAUUCACCUGCCUCUUUAAACUAAAAAAACUGUUUUCUAAAUCCUUCUCUAACAGCCAGUGCCACAGUGGACCGUGACGUAUGCAGCACACAGACUGCAGCGUUCUCAUUAGCUUCCUCGAGACCAAGUAGCUGUGUAUAUAAAAACUAUGAGCCUUUUACUGUUGGAAAUAAUCCCUUGCUUUCUUCACAUGGCAUCCGUUUUUGCAUCUAAAGAUUCCGUACAGUUGAAUUAGAGAUAGAAAACAGUGACUGUUGACUAAUGUAAGUCAUUAUUUCUUCCACACGGCGUCGUUAUUUAACAGAUUUUUGUACUGAGACUGAUAACCUGACUUUAAACGCGGACUGCAAGAAGACGGACCAUGCCUUUGUGUAAAAACCACCAGAUGAGCGGACAUCCAUUUUGAAACCUGGCCUCCUUAUUUCUCCUUCCUGUUUGACCGCAGCGAUUGUGAUUCUCUUAAAGUUUCUCUUUCCGUCUGUGUUAACAUACUUCGUUUUGACGCUCCACAUCAGCUGCGAAAGUUGCGACUCUGGGUAUUUAACAGACACUGGUCAAACAAAUGGAGCAGCAGUUGGUCACGGAAGUGUUUUCUUUCUUCCAAUGCAACAACAUUCAUCUGCUGCACCAACCAGGUUCAAACAAACACAUACUGUUGGCUCCACGUCUGUGUAUAAUCAUUUUCAAUCCUGAUUUUAGAGUUCUGUUACUUUAACCUCACAUGAGCACAACAUUUGAUUUGAGAAAUUGGAAGACGAAACAAAGGAGGAUUCGUCCACUUUUGUUUCGUGUAUUUUUAAGUGUCUUGAAAGAUAACUGCACCUUGAGGGACUUAAGUAGUUGUAUUUAGUUUUUCUUGCCCAUGUCUUCUGUAUUAACCUCCCUCUCUCUCUCACUCUGGGGUCUGUGUCUGUAGUCGUACCAGCUCAGCCAGCCUUUCAAACUGCCUCACACUGUAGUCAAAGAGAAACAAAUACUCACAUAGCAACAGUGAAAUAUGUCUUUGUAUGAUAUACUAAAACUUUGUUGGUGGGUUUGUUUUUAUUUUUUCAGUUUUUAAAUAAAUAUUUCAACUUGUUAAUA